AUUUCGGGUCGAAACAAAAACAAUCAACACGAGACUUUAAAUUCAAUUCGUUCCAACAAAUUAAAGAAUGAAACCCGUGAUGACAGAAGAAUCCAAAGGCAUUCGUGUGAUAAUUGACGACUCCAUCAAAAAACCAUGGUGUCCUCAUGGUCCAACGCUUCUUUUCGAGAGUACUUCUUCAGAUAAAUCCACAGUUCGGAGGUUUUUCGCGUGUUCGGCAUGUCGAGACCGAAGUGAAUGUCCUUUUUAUCAAGAAUAUGACUCAGAAUCUGAAGAAAUAGAAGUUCAAAAGGAAAUUUCUAAGGAAUUAGUGACAUUUGAAGAGUUCCAGAAAUCCCCCGUUAACGACAGAUUCUACUGCAUGAAGACCCAUUCAGUCUAUUUGAAGAGCAAAACUCAGUCACAUUCGAACUUCGAGUCAAUUCCUUUUCCAUCAACACUCACCAAGCCAUCGGAAUUUCUGCCUCCGAAGAGUAACGACAAAAAGGAAGCUCAAUAUUUCUUUUCUACGGAUACUUUAACGUUCUUCACACGAAUGUUUCGACAGUUAUCCAUCAACAAAGUGCUUUGUAUCGGAGCUCCUGCAAUGCAUGAUGAACUUUUAUCGCACGGAAUCAAAAGUUUCCUUUUGGACAUCGAUGAUCGACUAUUUUCCUUCUAUCCAAGAACGAAAUUUGCCUAUUACAACAUGUUCAAUCAUCAUUUUUUUCGAGUAAAUGACCUCCAAGACGACCCAAAGGCAGAAUAUUUGAAAUUUUUGAAGAAUACGAAACCAACAGACUCGAUUUGUAUCUUCACCGAUCCCCCGUUUGGAUGUUUGACUGACCCUUUGGCGGAUACGCUGCGAAAAAUUCAAGAAGAUUUCAGAAAAGUCAAUGAAGGAACUUUAAAAAUCGUUCCAAUUGUCUUGGUUUUUCCGUAUUUCAUGGAAACUUACGUAAGAAAAGUGUUACCGGAGCUUUCGAUGUCUGAUUAUCGAAUAAAUUACGUAAAUCACGAAAAAUACAACGAAAAAUCCAAUUCACGGAAGGAUUUGGGGUCACCUGUGAGGUUUUUCACGAAUAUCCUGCCAAAUUUGAUAAAAUUACCAAAAGAGGAGUAUCGUUACUGUGAAAAAUGUGAGAGAUUCGUCAGUAAAUCCAACAAUCACUGCAAAUUAUGCGGAAUUUGUCCUUCCAAGAACGGAUCUACGUACAAACAUUGCAAAACGUGUCACUUUUGUGUGAAGCCAAAUUACGUUCAUUGCCCGAAAUGCAACAAAUGCACACAAAAACCGGGUCACAAGUGCUUGGAAUACAAAAAAUAUUUGAUUUGCAGCAUUUGUAAAGGUCAAGGACAUCCAGAAAUUUCCUGUGAAGCACUUAAAAUCGUCAGAAAACGAAUUUUUAGUGAUCUGAAGUUAAAUAAUAAGAAAAAUUGUUUAAUUUGUUGCACCGAUGGUCACACUCACUUCUCGUGCCUUCAUCGAGAAACGAUUUUAGAAGAAAUCCAAAAAUAUAAGGACAACAAUUCAUGA